AUGUUAGAAAAAAAAGAUAAAUCAACUUUUGAUGUUCAUUGUGAUCCAGAUAAUCCUAAAAUUUUACAAUUUCAUGAAAUUAAAGAAGCAAUGAAAAGAAUUAAAUCUGGAAUUAAAAAAACUCCUCUUGAAAUUUCUGAUCAUAUUUCACGUGCUACAGGAGCUGAAGUGUAUCUUAAAAAAGAAUUCAUGCAAUUUACAAGUAGUUUUAAAGAAAGAGGAGCAAGAAAUGCUUUAUUAAAAUUGUCAGAAGAAGAAAAAAAAUUAGGUGUCUAUGCAGCAUCAGCAGGUAAUCAUGGUUUAGCUUUAAGUUAUCAUGGAAGAGAUCUUAAUAUUGAUAUUAAUAUUUAUAUGCCUGUAUUUGCACCUUUAAUAAAAAUUGAAAAUUGUAAAAAACUUGGUGCAAAUGUUGUAUUAAUUGGUGAUACAGUCAAUGAUUCAAAAGAUGCUGCUUUAAAAGAAUCUAUUAAAAGAGGAGGAAAAUAUAUUAAUGGAUAUGAUAAUAUUGAUAUUUUAGCUGGUGCUGGAACUGUAGCAUUAGAAAUUCUUGAAGAUAUACCAGAUGUUGAUAUUAUAAUUAUACCAAUAGGUGGAGGUGGUUUAAUAGCUGGAAUGUCUGUAGCAAUAAAAACAAUUAAACCAUCUAUAAAAAUAAUAGGUGUUCAAGCUGCAUCAUGUCCUGCAUUUCAUGUUAGUUUAAAAAAUAAUAAAUAUACUAGUGUAAAAUGUAAACCAACAAUUGCUGAUGGAUUAGCUGUAGAAAAAAUUGGUGUAAAUGCUUUUGCAACAGCUAAAAAAUAUAUAGAUUAUUCUUUUUGUAUUGAUGAAGAAGAUAUUGCAAUGGGUGUAUAUCGUUUAUUAGAAUGGGAAAGAUUAAUAUGUGAAGGAGCUGGAGCAAUAUCAGGUGCUGCAUUACUUAAUAAUGAAAUUAGUGAAUUAAUUAAAGGAAAAAAAAUUGUUUGUAUUUUAUCUGGAGGAAAUAUUGAUAUAACAAAAUUAACAGGAUGUCUUGAUAAAGGCUUAGCACUUGAUCGUCGAAUUAUUCGUUUUAAUGUACUUAUUCUUGAAAGACCUGAUGCAUUAGCUCAAGUUAUAAAUAUUAUAAGUAAAGUUGGAGCAAUUGUCAAAGAUAUCAGACACGAAAGAGGUUUUGAAAAGUUAGGAACAUUACAUACCAGAAUAAGAGUAACCUGUGAAACUAUUGGUAUGGAACAUGCUGAUACAUUAGAAAGUGAAAUUAAGAAAUGUUACAAAUCUGCUUAUUUCUACCCUUAUCAUGAUGACUAUGAAAAAAAAUAG